AUGCUGGCGGGGGCCAACGUCUUCGCCCGGGCUGCACGCUUGGCCCUCCACGGGCGUGUCGUCCCUGCUCCUUCAGAAAAGCCGUCGAGGCGUCCGCCAGCACGUGAGGUCGGUCGUGGAAGCGCCGCCGAAAGCCUCAACGAAAACACUCCGCCCGUCACGAUCGGAGGACUGAGCCUACCUUGCCCUAGCGGCUGGGGCUGA